AAAACGAAAAUAAGGAGAAGAUGCAUUGCCAAUUCAAUCUAACGAUGAUACUAAUACAAAGGACUGCAUCUGGACAUUAAUAUUGUCAAAUUAAAUUAGAGUCUAUCCAAUCCAAUCCAAUCUUCUUUGCCCACUAACAAAAGAUUCCAAAUUCCUCCUUACCCUUUUCGAAUUUGUUUUUCUACCUAAACAAAACAAACAAACAUCUGAUAAGAUAAUCCAGAAGCAAUGAAAUUUGGAAAAGAAUUCAAGACCCACCUGGAAGAAACCCUACCAGAGUGGAGAGACAAAUUUCUUUGCUAUAAGCCUCUCAAAAAGCUUCUCAAACAGUUCCAUGCAACCUCUGAUGGCGUUUCUCUCUCCCUUCAUCCUGCUGUUCUCCUUCCACCACCGCCCUUUGAUGUUCUUGAUGAUCAUACCCAUCAUCAUCCUGAGGGUGAUGCAAACAGGUCCUUGAUGCUCUUCGAGGAUUGGUUUAUUAGAAUUUUAAAUGAGGAGUUUGAUAAGUUCAAUGACUUUUAUGUUGAUAAAGAAGAAGAGUUCAUUAUCCGUUUUCAGGAACUGAAAGAAAGAAUUGAGCAUCUAAAGGAACAGAGCAGCAAUAGAGGAGUUUUUACAUCGGAGAGUGAAUUUAGUGAAGAAAUGAUGGACAUUCGUAAAGAUUUGGUCACCAUUCAUGGGCAGAUGGUCCUCCUAAAAAAUUAUAGCUCCUUAAAUUUUGCAGGAGUAGUAAAGAUUUUGAAGAAGUAUGAUAAACGAACUGGAGGAUUGCUUUGUCUACCUUUCACCCAGCUUGCUGUUCGCCAGCCUUUUUUUACAACAGAACCUCUAACAAGGCUAGUCCAUGAAUGUGAGGCGAAUCUCGAGCUCUUAUUUCCAUUAUAUGCUGAAGUUAUUGAAUCUACUAAUGCUACACAAAAGCAGCCAAAUCCAGAGCCAAAUAACCCAGCAAAUAUCUCACCCGAGGCAUCAUCAACUCUUGGGGAUGACACCAUGGAUAUAUAUCGCAGCACCCUUGCUGCUAUGAAAGCCAUACGAGGCCUUCAGAAAGCAAGCUCUACCUACAAUCCGCUGUCAUUUUCAUCUGUCUUCAAGAACCAGGAUGAUGAAAGUAAUGGGGCAGUAACAGCUGAAAACUCAGCUUCAAACUCUUCAGACACGCUGCAUAACAGAGAGGAGUCAGAUCAAGAAGAUGUGGAUUCUGUCUAACAACUUUCUUAUAGAUGGUGCAGUACCAUAUCCAGUCUCUAAUUCACCGUCUUCUUUUUUAUGAACCAAAGGUUAAUCAAACAGUAGGAAACUGAAUAAAAUGUCUCUUGCAGUAGUUUGUAUUAUUGGUCAACUUAAGCUGUAAGUUGUAGCAUUGCUGAAGCUUUUUCUCAUGGAUAAUUUUGUUUAAUAACGUUCCCGCCAACUUCUUAUGGAUAGUAAUAUUCUCUGUUCACUCUUUA